GCAAGGACAAGAUGUGAGGUCCGAAGAGUCGUCGUUCAGACUCGCACGGUUUCUUACACGACACGGCGCUAGGGUCCGAGCGGCAAUGCAACCUGUGGGCAAGCGCCAACACGUCUCGAUCUCAACAGGUGGCUCGUCUUGAAACUCGGGAACAUGGCUUACUUGUGCAACAAUCAGAGUCUUCCUUUUGGCCGGGCUCGGUAGGAAUGCUCUUCGUUGUACGGCGGGCCACUCACGCGCGGAGGUCAAUCAUGGGACCCCGGGCAUGAUGCUGCUGGAGCCGGGACAAUAUGGGAUAGACGAUCACAUCGGCUUUGUGGCUCGGGGGGCUUUGGACAGGACGCGGACUAUUCAUUGGCUUGUUGUAGCUGUUUUCCUUCUUAUGAUAACUCUAUCUUGUGAAGAUGCGGCGUACUCAAUAUGCCACAUGCACAUACCGCUUCGAUUGAUACAUACCCCUCCUUGUCCAUCUUGGACGCACGUGAAGAGCAUCAGGCCAAUCUCCACUGUUGUCAUGAAUGAGGAGGUGAAGGCGGCACUCAUACAGGACAUCGAAGGCUUCUUGCAUCAGGAAGCUCCCGCAUGGCAUCUCAGCCGUGGCAUCCCUUACCGAAAGGGAUACUUGCUUUACGGGCCGCCUGGGACCGGGAAGUCCAGUUUGUGCUUGUCUUUGGCGGGGCGCUUUGACUUGGACGUCUACAUCCUCAACAUCUCUGCCGUCGGAAGCCACUCCCUAAACUCUCUGCUUGCGGAACUCCCGCCUCGUUGUGUCCUCCUGCUGGAAGACGUGGACGCUGUUGGUAUAGCGCAGCCUCGGCAAAGCGAAACGGACAUCAGCCAAGCCAAGGAAGAUGCCGCCCGGGACCGGCCCCGAUCUCAAGGGAAGCUGUCGCUAUCGGAGCUUCUCAACGCUCUCGAUGGCGUAUCGUCACAUGAGCGUCGGCUGCUCAUAAUGACGACGAAUCACUUGGACCAUCUAGAUCAGGCACUCAUCCGGGCUAGCCGUGUAGACAAGAAAAUCGAGCUUCCGAAUGCCGACAAGGACGUGAUGUUCCGACUCUUCUACAUGAUCUUCAAGCAAUCGGAAGGCGACAUCCUCGAUCCCAAGCAACCUUUUGAAGAUGACGAGACGGUGAAGCGAUGUGCGGGCGAAUUCGCGAGGGAAAUACCGGAAGGGGAGUUCUCCCCGGCCGAGAUUCAAUCCUUCCUGGUGGAACACAGAGGCUCGGCCCGUGUGGCGGUGGAGAAGGGUCCGAAGGUCGCCACGGACAAGGAAAAGGACGCAAGGAUCAAGGAGAUGAAGAAGAGCCUGUCGGCCGAGGCGCUCUGCGAUGGCUUUCUUCCCGGAGAAUUCGCCACGUACAUCAAAUACACCCGGGGCCUGGCAUUCGAUGACGAGCCGGACUACUCGUACCUUCGCCAGCUUUUUUGUUGCCUGUUUCAAGCGAAGGGGCUCAAAUAUGACCACGUCUUCGACUGGACUGAGAGGCGGUUUAAGGAGAUGCAGAGCAAAGUCAAUCCCUCGGUACCAUUGACCCAAGGGCCGCGGAGACGAGCUCCAAAGUGGAAGUAA